CAACACAGAGCAAAAUUCCUAAAGCAACACUUUUCAUUUUCUCAAUUCUCACUCUCUAAAACCCUCAACUUUCUCUCUCUAAAAAAAUCAUAACCAUCAAUGGCAUCUCAACGAGAAGAGAAUGUAUACAUGGCGAAACUCGCCGAGCAAGCUGAACGCUACGAAGAAAUGGUAGAAUUCAUGGAGAAAGUCGUCGCUGCCUUAGACGGCGGCGACGAACUCACCGUCGAAGAACGGAAUCUCCUCUCCGUCGCGUAUAAAAACGUGAUCGGAGCAAGACGAGCAUCAUGGCGGAUAAUUUCAUCAAUUGAACAGAAAGAAGAGAGUCGUGGUAAUGAAGAUCAUGUUACUUCGAUUAAAAAUUAUAGAUCUAAAAUUGAAAUUGAAUUGACUUCGAUUUGUAAUGGUAUACUGAAGUUGCUUGAUUCGAAACUUAUUGGUUCGGCUGCUACUGGUGAUUCGAAGGUUUUUUAUUUGAAAAUGAAGGGAGAUUAUUAUCGGUAUUUGGCUGAGUUUAAAACUGGAGCUGAGAGAAAAGAAGCUGCUGAGAAUACUCUUUCGGCUUAUAAGUCUGCUCAGGAUAUUGCUAAUGCCGAAUUGGCCCCAACACAUCCUAUCCGAUUGGGGCUAGCUCUCAAUUUCUCAGUGUUUUACUAUGAGAUUUUGAAUUCUCCUGAUCAUGCUUGUAAUCUCGCCAAACAGGCCUUUGACGAGGCAAUUGCGGAGCUUGACACCCUGGGAGAGGAGUCCUACAAGGAUAGCACUUUGAUUAUGCAACUUCUGCGUGAUAACCUCACUUUGUGGACCUCGGAUAUGCAGGAUGAUGGAACCGAUGAGAUCAAAGAACCAUUGAAAGCAGAUAAUGAGCAGUAAUAACGUGAGUGAAACCUCUUCGCUUAGGAUUGAAAACCGAUGAUGUAAUUUUGCUUAUUGAUCAAAAUUGGCUGUUUGAAGACCUUAUCCUGUGAUUUGUAAUGCCUAUUACCUAAAGGCGCUGUUUCUUGCCAUUUAUUGUUUUCAGCAAAGAUUACUUUUUGUCUCAGUAUUUCUCUUGUAUUUGGAUGCUCUGAUGAAGCACUCUUAUUUCGCGGAAAUGAAUUCUUAUUUUUACGGAA